UCGUAUAACUUCAACUACUUACUAACAUUGGUUAAAGUGAGGAUAUGUUUGCCGUUGAAACGAAAGCCAUCGUAUUACUAUGGGUGGUUUGCCUGCACGUGGAUGCGGUAUCCGGGUCAUGCGUAGACCUGGACGUAAACGGCUGUCAGACCAACCCGCAUAUUUGUGACGAUGACCUCUUGGCACGGGUAACUUGUCCUGUGACGUGUAAAAGAUGCCCAAAUGAUCAGCAAACGACGCGAGCUACCAGGGCAGGCACGACGGUAAGCCCUACGGUGAGCGGUCUGGGACCCUUAUGCUACCAGUGUAGCCAGCACGACAAGCAUGACGGCGAGUGCCUUCAUCUCCAACAAUGUAAUCAGGGAGAGGUGUGUGCUGUAUUUAAAGAUACCAUUGGAUUCUUCCACAAAUGCAUGGGAACAAUGGAUUGUGUUUACACUGAGCUGACGGCUUCCAACGAGUGUUUUUACUGUUGCCGUGGUGACGGGUGUAACCAAGUGUGUCCCCAGUCUAGCUACAUACCAACGACCACGCCCACUCCCGCAACCACCACAGCACCAUGCGUUGACACUGAGCCUAACUGCUUGUUCCUAAACGAUUCAUUCAACUUCUGCGCUGACAUUCAGAAAGCCCGACAACACUGCCAGAGGUUCUGUAGCCUAUGCUUGGCAGCGACAGGAGACACCACGUCGCAAAUUCCAGCAACAACAGCAACAAGCCUGCCUCUUUUGCAAACUGUUGGAGCCCUGGAUUGCCUGAAUUGUAGUGGUGUUCUUUCCCCGGAGGAUUGCAACAGACGGGUGACAUGUACAGCCGAUGAGAUAUGCAACAUUGAACAGUAUGUCACAUCAGGUGGAUACAUACGUUACAAUGUCGGCUGUCGGUCUAAACAGUUAUGUGGGUCAGUAGGAAAACGCAGCACCCAAAAAUCGAUCGCCCAGCGAUUUAUCGCAACGAUCUCCUCAUCGCUGCGUUUCUUUACAAGGAACGAAGAUGACGACACAUAUGACGCAGUAGCUGACGUCACUGCUAAUGACCAAUCAGAUUCUCAGGAUAUAAUUGUAUGUUCUGAAUGCUGCGCUGACCAAAGCUACUGUAAUAGAAAUGGAUGCGGUAACGUUGCAAGAAACCACCCAGACCAGCAAUACUGUGCACUGUGUGAUAACGCUCUGUCCGCCGACCAGUGUGAAACAAUAACACUUUGUAACAGACAUGAGCUUUGCUAUGUUGAGACCAUCAAUUUGAAUGGCGACCCAAGGUACAGACUAGGCUGUAUUCCCCAAGAUAAAUGCAGCCAUGCAAACAGCACCUCUUCCUCUGCCUCGACCCCCGGGGUACCCUCCCUUGUUGGUAAACGCCAGUUACUGCCAUACUGUGCUAAAUGCUGCUCCAACACCGAGGGUGUUUGCAAUAGCCAUCUAUGUAGCUCAUCUCAGACGGUGCCUGCGGGAACGAUUCUUAAGGAGCUCGUUGACCCUCCACAGAGGAACGAUUCCUGCACGGAUUUUCUGGAAAGUGCUUGCCCUCCUCUGAUCCUGAACGAUUACAAACUGUGCCUGGAGCCUAUGUACAAAAACUUCGCCUGUCGGAAGACGUGUGGUAGCUGUCAUACUACAGCAACGACGACUCAGACGCCCGCAACAAUAACAGUGCCUUCGCCGUCAUCUUUGCCUGCAUCAGAUUGUUAUUAUCGAAGUGAAGCGUACAUGGGUCGCUAUGACACCACAGUGACUCAGCAGCCCUGUGUUAGGUGGGACGCGGUUUCCGUACUCCAAGGACAAAACCUUAGCUUUCCUGACGGUGGCAUUGAUAGUGCAGACAGCUUUUGCAGGGAUCCGAAUAAAAGUGAGCUGUUUAAUAAUUUUAAGCCAAACAAAAUAUUAGGACAUCCAUGGUGCUUUGUAUCAUCGACAACAUUCGAAUGGCAGUACUGUCCAGUCCCUUUAUGCCAAGAAUGCUAUCACUCUAACAGAAGCUAUGCAUUUGACGGAUUCACCGAUACAACGGCCGACGGGAAUCAAUGCAUGUUAUGGACCGAUGCGGCAAAAAUAGCUCCUCCAACAUUACCCGUUGGGGCAGUCUUUUUCCCUUCAAAAAGUGUAACCGCGGCAGGCAAUAAAUGUCGGGAUCCUUACCGGAGUGGUCAACAGCAGUGCUAUGCCAGUGAUGUGUUGAAAAAUUGCUCAGUACCCGCAUGUGUUGUCGGGUGUACGGACAAAGGAACGCUUAACUGUGCAGGUCUCAAGGCGUUUGUGUGCCAGUCCGAAUAUCUCAGCAUUACACAGUGUGCCAAGACGUGUGGGAAAUGCAGUUUCGGUGUAUUGCCAUCAAAGCUGGUAGACUUUGGAAUAGGAUGUGUCGACGCUGACCCGAACUGUGAUAUCCUCAGUAAUUUCAUAUGUAAGGACUUGGAGUCGGCAACGCGGAUAUGUCCGAAAACAUGCCAUGUCUGUGAUAAGCUUCUGCCGCUGGGUGGUGGCAUAACAACACCAAAACAGGUUGUAGCCACAACCACUACUUCAACACAAUCACCAACAACAAUUAAACCCCAUUGGCUUGGAUGGAGCGAACUCAGCUGUAGCUACAGUCAUGGAAUUUGCUUUUUCACACGAAACAGAACUUGCACAAGCGAAUACAUCAACGAUUGUGCUGGAAGCAGCUAUGACCUUAGGCCCGGUUGUACCAACUGUACAGAAAGUGCUUGCCACGAUGAUCCCAAUUCAAACUGUACUAUAAAAGAAUCCUUAAACCUCAUUUGUGGGCUAGAGGCACUCGCUGCUAAGGUCUGCCCGAAAAGCUGUGGCUUAUGUGGUACAUGCUAUGAUCUACUGGACUGCAGUAGUACAGCGGCCCGACAUUUCUUCUGUAGCAACGACAAGGACGCCGUAAGAUACUGCAGGAAAACGUGUGGAAAAUGCGGCGAGCCCCAGGUCGCACCCAACCUGAACAUGUGCGGCGAUCCUGUCAACGCCAUCAGCAAUUGCGAGACCUUGGAAUGGGAACUGUGUAUUUGUAAAGACGACAGUAUUAAAUCGCUUUGCCACGGCUACUGUAGUGAUACUUGUACCGGGUAUAGUCGAAACAAGACGAUAAAUCAAAACUGUCACGUGAUACCUGAUGCUAAUGAACAACGUUUGCAACGACAUGCUCUACAUCCCUGGAUUGCCCGCAUUUGGGCUGCACAGGCACUUCACCCGCCUGUAUUAAUGGACAAUGCCAAUGUGCCACCUGUAUUGAUGGGCAAUUUCAGUGUGGAACUUGCCCAGGAUACAGUUGAUGCUUAUCUUGUAUUGGAAUUUGACUGUAUUUACUGUAAUGUUGUAGCCGUCUGUAUGAGUGGUAAAGGACAGUGUGGAACCGGAGUCGACCCGACGUGUACAAGAGACGAUCAGUGUACGGGUCUAGUUUGUCACCAGUCAAAACAUGCCUGCAUCAACAACAAGUGUGUUUGCAGUGACUACUGCCACCCUAACCCAUGCAACAAAGGUACCUGCCGCUUGUAUCACACUUCCCACUGGACAUCCUUCAAGUGCACGUGUCCGCCUGGUAUCAACGGAACCACGUGUGAUGAGGACCCUUGCCACCCGGACCCAUGUAGUUCUCCUAUUGGAACUUGUGAGAACACGCAAACUGCACCGUAUUUCAACUGUCGCUGUAGAUAUGGCUUCACAGGCGACAAAUGUGAAGAAAACCACCAUUGUGAGAAGUCACCAUGUAUGCAUAACGGUAGCUGCAUAACACGCCACUCGUAUCCCUUCUACUAUUGCCAAUGCCAUCAACCGUACUACGGAGGUCGUUGUGAGCGUGAAAACUUUUGCCACUCCAACCCCUGCCACCACUACGGAGCAACAUGCACCAAUGGUUACCAUAACUACACUUGUGUGUGUCACACUGAAGCCUGUAGGACGGCCAUGGCGUUGGACGGCAUACUGUACAGCCCACAUCACGUGCGAAAAUGGCGGUACGUGUGUGGCUUCGACAACCCAUCCGACUACCUAUACGUGUCAAUGCGAGCAUGGCUACACUGGGGAUCAUUGUGA